AUGGCCAAUAGGCAUGUGGUCCUAGACCAACCAAUCUGUGAUACUGAAGAUAGAUCUAAAUGUGAUCACCCUGAGGGAACACCAAACGAACAACAGAAAAACAGUAUGGAGGAGGACGACAAAGUAACGGAUGUGAACAAAAGUAUGGGUGAGAACGAUAGGACAACGGGUCUAAACAACAUUGCGGUUAAGGACGGUAGGACAAUAGGUCUGAACAAUAGUACGGAUGAGGACGAAAGGACAGAUGUUCUGAAUAACAGUACGGAUGGAGACGACAGCAAGAGCGACGAAGACGACGACGAAGGUAUGAACACAAAUUUGAAGAACAGUGUUGAUGAAGUUUCCGGGAGUAAAACGAAGCCAAACAACAGUGUGGAAGAGGAAGGCCCCGUCAACGCAACAGGUCUGAAUACCAACGAGAGAGAGGAAUGUCCCGCUACUGCUAUAUUUCUAAACCGAAAUAAUGCUUCGGAAUCGCUACAAAAUGAGAAAUCAUCACAUAUAGGAAACAAGAAUGCUGACGAUAACUCCAAAGAAUGCGCCGAUCACUGCUUAAAGGAUUACUCUGAAUAUCAUUCUGACGGAAAUCCCGAAAAUCAAGUACAUGGAAGCCAUUUGGAGGACAUAAAUUCGAUUGUAACAAAGGGCGAUACCACAACAUUAAUCAAUGAGGAGGAGAAGGAACGAAGAGUGAAUAUACAAGAAUAUACUUCUCAGAUUUCUCAAAAAUUUACCGAAGUAGGAAGUAAAGGUGCUACUGCGGAAAUCGUGGAUGUAGAAACCGACGAUUGCUCACCGACAUAUCGUACCAAUAGAACAGGGAGAACUCUGAAUCAGAAGGUUAGAACGCAUGUCGUGGGAGUAUCUCUUGGGAGUGGGAGACCUACUUCUCUACUACCAAGAAUCAAAGGAACCGGUUCUAAAGAAGACCUUCGUUUGAAAGCUGGCAGUACAGUCACAAAUCUAUCGUCAUGUCAUACAAAAACUACAAAAUUGAACACAACAUUAAGACAAUCUUACAUGACCAAGAUACAGCGUUGUGAACAGACCUCGUUCGCCUUUUGUACGUAUUGCGAACACAAAAAUGUAGCACGCUAUUCUUGUGAAGAAUGCCUUAUAAAUUGCUGUUCGGAAUGCAUCUACGCUCUACAUCCCCCUCAGACACGUUAUAGGAACCACACUAUCUUGAGUGGACAUACUGCAUUAUAUUGUAAAAUUCACGAUGAAUCAUUGUCCUGGUACUGUAGUACUUGUGAUCAGCCAAUAUGUGCAGUGAGUUUAGCCUGUUCCAGCCACGCCUCGCACGACGUGGAAAAUUUGGAUAUUUACAUCAAAAAUGAAAAAAAACAGCUGCUAGACUUACAGAGACAAGUUGGGUCGAGAUGUCUGGACAAAGCUCACGUCAAUCUGAAUACGCUGCGAGAGGUCGAGGAAACGGUUAGACUGCAAUGGAUACAAAAGAAGCAACACAUACGACAAGAAUUCGCAAAACUAAGACACGUAAUUGGGGAAACAGAAAACAUGAUGAUUAAAGAUGGACAGAAGGAUUUCGAAUUGAGAAUACAACAUAUUAAUUCAAUGAGGCGUAAAUACGGAGAAGUAGUGGACACAGAAGCGAGACUAACCCAGAUGUCACUAGACAGCGUGAACGGAACUACAAAAUCACAAUUCCUCGAGACAGUGAAUGACAUACAGGAAAAAUUAUCAAGCUUUCAACUGGAAACUGAAGCCACCCCGACUGUUAAUUUAGCAGCCUUUAGGCCUUCAUCGACCUAUCUCAGCCUGUUUCAAGUGACAAUGCAUUUACAACAACUGAGACAAUCACUUAGAAGCUUAGCCAUACGUCCACACCAAAAGGUGUUAUUUGUACCUGAAAAUGCUGUGCGGAUGCCAAUUACAACACAUGACUUAUGGCAAACACCCGACACUACUCUCGAGUUGGCAAUAUUCAAGUACUCCAUAGAAAUCAAAGAAGGCUGUUCAAGCAAAUCGCAUUUGUGGAAGGUCAUGGUGAAUCCUGGUGGUCUUGUAGUAAAUGGACGAGGGACCUGUAACUUGGAGACAAGCAGCAGGUAUCUUAUGAAGGUCACUCCCCAAUACCGCACAAUGACUGGCUGUGUUACAUAUGAAACCACGCAUGGGAUACCUUGUCAUAUUUUCAUCAUUACAGCUACAGACGCUAUGGAUGAAUCUCCUGACCUGCUACUGUCGUCACAGUUGCAAAUAGAUUCUAUUAAUUUAUCGCAGAGCUUUGAGAAGACGCCACUGAGUUUUAGAAAAUGCCACGUUGUCGCUAAUAGAUCUAGAUUGGUCAGUAUGAUUAUCGAUGCAAUGCAAAUAUUUUAA